CUCUUCCUCGUCUUUAUUGUAUCUUUGACUUUCUUGAAAGUCCCCCCUGCAAAUUCCAGGUCACUGCUCUGCUACACAACAGGAAUGAAGAAGAUGGUCUUGAAAUUGGAUUUGCACGAUGACAAGGCAAAACAGAAAGCCAUGAAAGCAGUUUCUGGCCUUUCUGGAAUUGAUUCUAUAGCCAUGGACAUGAAGGAGAAGAAACUGACGGUCAUCGGGGCUGUUGACCCGGUCGAGGUGGUGAGCAAGCUGAAGAAGAAAUGGUACACCGAGAUUCUGACGGUCGGGCCGGCCAAGGAACCUGAGAAGAAGGACGAGCCCAAAAAGGAAGAGUCCAAGAAAGAGGAAGGCAAGAAGGAGGAUGACAAGAAGAAGAAGGAAGAGCAGCAGAUUGCAGAGCUUGUCAAGGACUACGAAGCCCGUAAUCCACACCUCACCAGAUAUUACCACGUGGUCAGCAUGGAAGAGAACCCGAAUUCUUGUGUCAUAUGUUAAAAUAAUUUGAAUCAUCUUUGAGUUUUGUGAGAG